CCACCCCUUCACCCUCCACCAACGAGACGCAAGAAUCUGGAGUUUGAGCCUUUGUCCACCACCGCUCUUAUUCUGGAAGACAGACCUGCAAACCUGCCAGCUAAAUCAGAAGAGGAAUCUCAAAGACACCGGCAGGAGUACAGUGAAAUGGUUGCAGGGGCCAAGAGAAGGGAGAUGAAAGAGGCGCAGAAGAAAAAGCGUCAAAUGAAAGAACGGUACCGUCAGGAGGAGAACAUCGCCAGUGCCAUGGUGAUCUGGAACUCUGAAGUCCUGCCUAACUGGGAGAGCAUGCGUAACACUCGGCGGGUACGCGACCUUUGGUGGCAGGGCGUUCCUCCCAGCGUCCGAGGAAAGGUCUGGUGCCUCGCCAUCGGGAAUGAACUCAACAUCACUCCAGAACUGUAUGAGAUCUUCCUGUCCAGAGCCAAAGAGAAGUGGAGGAGCUUCAGUGAGACCAGUUCAGUCAAUGAAAAUGAAGAUUGUGGCGUGUCACUGGCAGACCGAGAGUCUAGUCUGGAUUUAAUCAAGCUGGAUAUUUCUAGAACCUUUCCCUCGCUCUACAUAUUCCAGAAGGGUGGACCAUAUCAUGAUAUAUUGCACAGUGUGUUGGGGGCCUACACCUGUUAUAGGCCUGACGUAGGCUAUGUUCAGGGGAUGUCCUUCAUUGCUGCUGUUCUCAUUCUGAAUUUGGAGGAAGCCGAUGCCUUCAUUGCCUUUGCCAACCUUCUCAACAAACCAUGCCAGAUGGCCUUCUUCAGAGUGGACCAUGACCUGAUGCUGAAGUAUUUUGCAGCGUUUGAGGUGUUUUUUGAGGAGAACCUUCCCAGACUUUUCCAGCACUUUCAGAACAACAGCUUGACGCCUGACUUUUACCUCAUAGACUGGAUCUUCACUCUGUACAGUAAGUCUUUACCGCUAGACGUGGCGUGUCGUGUUUGGGAUGUGUUUUGUCGAGACGGAGAGGAGGCGUUAUUCCGGACGGGAUUGGGGAUCCUGCGGUUGUACCAGGAUGUUUUGCUGCAGAUGGAUUUCAUUCAUAGUGCGCAGUUUCUUUCCCGGUUGCCUGAAAACACUCCUGCACACACACUCUUCUCCUGCAUCGCAAACACACAGAUGAUCAGCAACAACCGCCGCUGGAACCAGGUUUUCUCCACUCUUAUAAAAGACAGACUUAAAGAAACGGACAAAAUCAGCAACAGCAGCAGCAACAGCAACAGUCCAGCCUUAAGAAGCUGAAAGCAGCGGCCUCGGAGAAUGUUUAGAGACGUCACUCAGCACUUUGACCUUCAGCAGUGUGUGCCUGACCAGGACAUACAAGUACUGUCCCGUUUGAAGAAGCUCACGCUGGACCCCGAGUCCUGUGGAGGAGACGUCUCUUCACUAGCUCUCGGCAGCCUGCUUGUGCAUAUGUUUGAGCCUGAGAAUAAGACAAAUGUGAGUCGGGUGACCGUAUAAUGUGCCAACUUUGUCAAUGUUACUUUUGUAAUGUUGUAACUAUGAGAAAACAAACUAAUCUGAAGCGUUUACACACACACACACACACACACACACAGAGAGGCCAAACGCCAACACUCCCUGUUAUGAACCAGCGUUAAGCCCUCUGUUAUAAACACACAACAUAAACCUGCGGUAGCCUUUCAUUAGCACAUACCAAAUCUGUUGUUAAUGUGUUUGUUAUGCUGUUUCGUUCAAGUUAGCUGAAUUUAGCUCAUUUGCUAACAUAUUUGCCAUUGAGUUUUCCUCAGUGUCGCAAAAACACGUCAAAAGUGGAGCCAAAAGUGAUAAAUGAACAUAUUAUAUCUUUAGACCAGUGCUGUGAUGUACUAGCACUCCAGAUUUGAACACUUAUAAAAAAAAGUCAACUAUAUUAAUUGAAGUGAAACAUUACAAAUGGACACAAACUAACUAACCAGCAGCAAACAAGAGAUCAACUUUUGCACCUUCGACACUCCAAAUGAAUGAACCUUGACAUUUCCAGAUUUCUUUUUCAGUUAUUUAAUGUCUUUAUUUUAUUUAUGAAUCAUUUCUCUUGCUUUUUCUCUGUCUCUUUUGUUUACUUCCUCACUGUUGUACAGUUUUCUUACAUAACCGUUGUUAAUGAACAUUUCUGGUGUGAGGGCUGUAGUGUAGAUGUGGAAAAAUCGCAGUAUUGGAGACUUGCCGUCUUCCUGUCUUUCUUCCUUUUUUUUUAAUUUUAUUUUAAUUAUGAAAUGUAAUGUUACACAGAAGUUGAUAGAAAGUGUGAACCGAAACAUGGGGUUAGCGUGUAUUUAAGAGAGCCAUUCGCAGAUUGUUGGAAAAUGUGUUUUCCAAUUCUUUGGAUUUAAAUAUUAAAUUUAAUGAAAUCCCUACUA